UAUCCUUAUUACUGAAGACUGAAGUUUCCUUCGACUCACUUGCAUCGGAUGCACUUUGGCUUCUUUCGUUUGUGCUUGCUAAUCUUUAGGAUAUACGUUAAUCGAGACUGUAACCCGCCAAGUUUGAUUGUUUGAGGCGUGCAUAUAUGUUCUUACAUUAUCUGAGAGAACUUCGCAUUUGUAACAUAUCUACAAGCUAGACACAAAAACUACCAAUUCCUUAACUUUUUGAAGGAAUGUCUUUAGAACUAUGGCUUUUAUCUCUAAUAUCCAUCAUAACAACCUUGGUCAUAGUAACAUUCAUACUCCUGAUUGUAAUGUACCUUACUACAGAUCCAUAUCCCAACCUAUCCAGAAGUAGCACAGAAGAAUGUUUUUAUGAUCCGGAUAAAUGUGAAUAUAUUAAGUUAAAAUUUGGUCUUACUGAAAGACCAGAAAAAGAAUUGUCGGUAAUAAUUCCAGCUUACAACGAAGUUGAACGCCUUCCCACAAUGCUGACUGAAGCAUUGAAUUACCUUCAUAAACGAGAAGAUUCAGAUAAAAAGUUCACAUUUGAAAUAAUUAUCGUAAAUGAUGGUAGUAAAGAUCAUACAUUAGAGAUUGCUCACAAAUACUGUAAACGUGAGGGUUCAGAUACACUUCGUGUAAUCUCUUUAGAUCGAAAUCGUGGAAAAGGUGCUGCAGUCAGGAUGGGAAUGCUUUCUGCACGUGGCCGGAUACUUCUAUUCGUAGAUGCAGAUGGUGCGACUCAGUUUUCCGAUAUUGAAAAAUUGGAGGAAGCUUUAGCAUCAUCUGUAGCUAAUAGAUGGAACGGUGGUAUGGCGGUGAUAUGUGGUUCUAGAGCACAUUUAGAAGAACAAGCACUCGCUAAACGUCAUCCAUUAAGAAAUCUACUGAUGUAUGGAUUUAAAUUAUUUGUUUGGCUUGUAUGUGUUCGUGGAGUUCGUGAUACACAAUGUGGAUUUAAAUUGUUUAGUCGACCUGCUGCUCGUUUAUUAUUUCAUAAUUUACAUGUUGACCGUUGGGCUUUUGAUGUGGACUUAUUAUAUUUAGCUCGACAUUUCGAUAUGAAUAUUGUUGAAAUACCUGUGCAUUGGCAGGAAAUUCCAGGCUCGAAACUGGUCCCAAUUUUCUCAUGGAUUCAAAUGGCCAAAGAUUUACUCAUGAUACGUUUGCGUUAUUCACUAGGAGCAUGGAAAAUUGAUCCGGUUUAUACUUGAUCACCCAAAAAUCUAGUCACUUUUUUUCUCACCACAUGUGUGCAGUUCAAUGUUAUUACACAUUCCAUUGUCUCGUUUUUGUUUUUAUAUCUCCUUUUUAAGCUUUAUUCUAAUUAAUUCAUUCUUAUUGUUAGAGCAUUUCUUACAGUAACUUGGCAAACUUUCACGUCAAUUAUUUUCAAUGUUUGUUAUGCAAUAAACUAUUCAUAUUAAAAUAAAAGCUAAAUUUGUAAAGUAUCGAA